AUGUCCUCGACCAUGGAUGCUACUCAGUCGUUUUACACAAGAAUAUUACACAAUUAUGAACCACAAUUAAGUGUAUUAUAUGAAAAAACUCAAUCAUUAAAUGAAGAAUUAUUGAAGUCAUAUACACCAUUACAAUUAAUUGCAAUAGCAUCACUGGCUACUGCAUGUAGUAUAGGGCUCUAUCAGUUUUUAUUUGGUCGUGAUGAAGACAUUUCGACACGUAUUAAACAAACAAUAUUUCGUUUGGUUCGCUAUAUACCAUACGUAAAACGUGAAAUUGCCAAAGCACGUGAUGAUACAUUAAAAUCUGUCUAUGCUGAUAUGGCAAAAAGUAUUCACGGACAUGAAUUUUCAAAAGCUUUACCAGAAAAAGGACUUUCAAAAGACGAACUUAUUAAAAAACUUGAAAAAUAUCGAAAUUUUGAACAUAUUAAUUAUUCAUCUGGUAAAGUUUCUGGUUGUGUUUAUAAAUUAUCAAAAUCGGAUACAAUCGAAAUAUAUAAUACAGCUUUUAAUUUAUUCGGUGAUACAAAUCCACUUCAUGCUGAUGUCUUUCCUGAUAUUCGAACAAUGGAAGCUGAAGUUGUACGAUGCGUAGCAACUAUGUUUCAUGGUGAUGAUAAUGUUUGUGGAACGAUGACAUCUGGUGGUACAGAAUCAUUAUUAAUGGCUUGUAAAACCUAUCGGGAUAUGGCUUUAGCAAAAGGCAUUAAAAGACCUGAAAUUGUUAUGCCUGUAACAGCUCAUCCAGCUUUUCAUAAAGCUUCUUCUUAUUUUAAAAUGAGAAUAAAACGUGUUCCAGUUGAUCCCAAAACACUUGAAAUUAAUGUUAAAGAAAUGCGUCGGGCAAUAACAAAAAAUACUUGCAUGCUUGUUGCUUCUGCACCAAAUUUUCCACAUGGUACUAUUGAUCCAAUUGAAGAUAUUUCUAAAAUUGCACUUGAAUAUGACAUUCCAUUACAUAUUGAUGGUUGUUUAGGUGGUUUUCUUAUUGCUUUUAUGGAUCGAGCUGGCUAUGCAUUAAAACCUUUUGAUUUCCGUGUACCGGGUGUAACGAGUAUUAGCUGUGAUACACAUAAAUAUGGUUAUACACCAAAAGGAGCUUCAGUUAUUCUUUAUCGAACUCCUGAACUUCGUUCAUAUCAAUUUUAUGCAUUAGCUGAUUGGCCCGGUGGUAUUUAUGCAUCACCAUCAAUUGCUGGUAGUCGUUCAGGAUAUAUCAUAGCUUGUUGUUGGGCUACACUUAUGUACUAUGGACUUGAAGGUUAUGUUGAAGAAACACGAAAAAUUAUUCAAGUAACAAGAUAUAUUGCUGAUGGUUGGAGUAAAAUUGAUGGUUUAUAUCUUUUACAUAAUCCUGAUGUAAGUGUUGUAUCUGUUGGUUCAGACAGCUUUAAUAUUUAUUAUUUACUUGAUGGAUUACGUGCUAAAGGAUGGCAUUUAAAUGGUUUACAAAAUCCACCUGGCUUACAUAUUGCUGUUACUCAACUUCAUACACAACCAGGUGUUGCAGAUAAACUUCUCGAAGAUACACGACAAUGUGUUGUUGAGAUUUUAACAAAAGAGGAUAUGAAUGAUACACCUACAGCAGUAAUUUAUGGUACAAAUCAAAAAGUACCUGAUAAAUCACUUGUCUGUGAUAUUGCGAAAUUGUAUAUUGGUGCAUGUUAUGAUACAAAUAUACCGUCGACAACGAGUGUUAAUUAG